AUGGUGGGCUUCUCCGUGCACCUGGUGACCCUGGCCCUCCUAGGGGCUGCAGUGUGUGAAGCGCAGCCCCGGGGUCGGAUCCUAGGAGGCCGCGAGGCCGAGUCCCACGCGAGGCCCUACAUGGCGUCGGUGCAGGUGAACGGCACGCACGUGUGCGGCGGCUUCCUGGUGGCCGAAGAGUGGGUGCUGAGCGCAGCACACUGCCUGGAGGAUGCGGCCGGCGGGAAGGUGCAGGUGCUCCUGGGCGCGCACUCCCUGUCGCAGCCGGAGCCCUCCAAGCGCCUGUACGACGUGCGCCGCGCGGUGCCCCACCCGGACAGCCGGCCCGACACCAUCGACCACGACCUCCUCCUGCUGCAGCUGUCUGAGAAGGCCGUGCUGGGCCCCGCCGUGCGCCCCCUGGCCUGGCAGCGCGAGGACCGCGACGUGGCGCCCGGCACGCUCUGCGACGUGGCCGGCUGGGGCGUGGUCCGCCACACAGGCCGCCGGCCCGACCGCCUGCAGCACGUGCUCUUGCCGGUGCUCGACCGCGCCACCUGCAACCUGCGCACUCACCACGACGGCACCGUGACCGAGCGCAUGAUGUGCGCAGAGAGCAACCGCCGCGACAGCUGCCGGGGCGACUCCGGGGGUCCGCUGGUCUGCGGGGGCGUGGCCGAGGGCGUGGUCACCUCCGGCUCCAGGGUCUGCGGGAACCGCAAGAAGCCCGGGAUCUACACGCGCGUGGCGAGCUACGCGGCCUGGAUCGACAGCGUCAUGGCCGAGGGCGAGGUGGCCUGA